AUGGCGAAGAAAUCGCAGAGGAGGAGCCUUAACAAGAACACUAUUGCCAGCAGCAACAAGAAGAGUAUGAAACCAACGACGUCGGUGAAGCGGACACGAAAAAGCACUCCAAGAGACUCACCUCCACAACGAAGCUCAAUCUACCGUGGUGUCACAAGGCAUCGAUGGACUGGUCGAUAUGAGGCUCAUUUGUGGGAUAAGAAUUGUUGGAAUGAAUCACAGAGCAAGAAAGGAAGACAAGUAUAUCUAGGGGCAUACGACGAUGAAGAAGCUGCAGCACGUGCCUAUGACUUGGCAGCAUUGAAGUACUGGGGCCAAGAUACCAUUCUCAAUUUUCCAUUAUCAAAUUAUCAAGAGGAGCUCAAGGAGAUGGAGGGCCAGUCAAAAGAAGAACAUAUUGGAUCCCUGAGAAGAAAAAGCAGUGGGUUCUCUCGAGGAGUCUCAAAAUACAGAGGUGUAGCAAGACACCACCAUAACGGAAGAUGGGAAGCUCGAAUUGGCAGGGUCUUCGGCAAUAAAUAUUUAUACCUUGGAACUUACGCUACACAAGAAGAAGCAGCCACGGCAUAUGAUAUGGCAGCCAUAGAGUUCCGAGGACUUAACGCCGUUACAAACUUUGACCUCAACCGUUAUAUCAAUUUGCUACGUCCUAAAACCCAAGACAAUCUUGAAAACCCUAGUAAUGAAGAACUAAACCCUAAUCCCGAACUUGAGCUAGGUUUUGUCUCCCAUCAGCUUGGUUCAACCAAUGGUGCUGAUCAUCUGGAUCAAUCUAAUGGUGGCACCUCAACAUCUUCCGCAAUUGGGCUUCUCUUACAAUCAUCCAAAUUCAAAGAAAUGCUACAAAAGACUUCAUCAACUGUAGAUAAUUACCCUCCAACACCUUCUGAGUCUAACCCUCCUCGUCGUACAUUCCCCGAAGAUAUUCAAACAAUCUUUGAAAGUCAAGAUUCAGGAAUCUACACCGAAAAUGAUGAUACUAUAUUUGGUGACUUAUGCUCAUUUGCUGCACCAAUUUUUCAUUACGAGCUUGAUGCUUAGAAUAAUGAAGAAGGAAUUCUCGCCUAUUUAUAUACAAUAAUAUAUAUACGUUAUUUUUUAUAGGGCGAUUAUUUAUCAACCAAUAAAAGAUGAAAAGGGAAUUAUAGAGACAAAUUAAAGGGGCUAAGAGUAAACAAUUUAUAGACGAGUGGAAGAUUG